AUGGCUAAUCCGAAGGACCCAAAGCACGUUCUAUGGAAGCAUGUCAAUCUUGUCGAAUCUACUGUCGAUGUCGCAGCUAAAGACGGACGCCUCUUCUCGUACUACCCGGCUAUGUACAACGCUGGUGGCUUCCUCUACCUGCUCUUCUCCGGCGCCUCCAAGGAUGUUGAUGGCAUGGGCCAAGAUGUGCGAAUCUCUUUUCUCACACAGAAGGGGCAGUGGAGCAAGCCGGAAAUCGCAUUUCCUGCGGCUCUCUUGCCAAAUCAGACUACCGUGCAGACGUCAGAUUACUACUGCAAACGUGGAAUUUCUCAAAGAGCCUUGCAGGCAUUGACCAUUGUCUAUGUUGGCCUUGACAGGUCCGACUCAAGAUAUUAUGCGGUUGCGCAAUCCAGUGACAACAUCUGUCCUGGCAGCUUUCAGUCGGCUGGCCGCAUCGCCCGUCGUAUAAACACCGACGGCAACCCGUCGACCGGGACGUUUAUAGGUGAACCAUGCUGGAUCGAGACCAACAAGUACACCACCUCACACGAGUGGGCUAAGACCAUCUAUGGCACCAAGUACCAAAUGAAGGUAUGCAAGGACAAGGACGCUAUCAACGCUGCAUUGGCAAAACCACAAAACGUUCCAGCUCAAGCGACCAGCCUCUUGAACGCACCGCUGUUUGCUGCUGAUAAAAAGCACAACGUCAACUACCCUACCAAUGCUGUUUACCUUACCGACUCUUCAAGCAAGGGUCGUUACAUGCGCUUUUGGACAGAUGUCUCUUUGAAGAAUCGCACCGGCACCGCUUUUGUCGAGUAUUCCGCUGAUAAAUAUGGCAAACAUUGGUUCCCAGCCACGACUGACGGCCUCAAUAUUCAAGAGACAAACAUAUACACCACGGAGAAGACUUGGUUCGGUAGUAGCGAUGCGCAACAGCAGACCCGAGUGUACAUCUCCAACGGCUAUAUGGAUCCAGUCUCAUCUCAAAACAUCCUUACCAUUGCGACUUCGCGCGGCGCUGAUCUCGUCUUUCACAACAUCGGGAUACUCCGUGGCGGUAACGCUAGCAAGUCGGUUCCUAGCGGCACUCGCGGUCGCGGCUUCACAGAUGCACCCGGAUUCUACUGGCCGUCAGCUUCUUUCGCCGGUGAUGAGCUACUGGUCGCUUACAGCGAGAACAAGGCAGCUAUCCGUGUCGCUACUAUCAAGCUCAAAGAUCUUCCAUAA